AUGCGAUUCCUGUGUCUACACGGGAGUGGCGGAAACUCGCGGGCGUUUGAACAACAGACAGCCACACUACGCUAUGAACUAGGAGAGAGACACACCUUUGAGUUUGUCGAGGGUACCAUUCCAUGGGAUGCUUCCUCAGAGUCUACCAGGGAAGCAGGAGAGACAACCUUUUCUUACUGCGACCCACAUCAGCCUCAAUCGUGCCUGCAGGCCCUGCACGAUCUCGAAAACUACCUCCGUAUCAAGGGUCCUUAUGAUGGAGUGAUAGCAUUCAGUCUGGGCACCAGCAUAGUCAUGACCCUACUCGUUGAUCAUGCACGUAAAGAAAAGAUCGGGCCACCUCCAUUCAAAGUAGCUGUCCUAUUUUCCAACGUUGGACAGCCCUGUAACAUGGACUCGCUCCGCCUUGGUCGCAUCGAGCCCUUGCAAGUCCAGCCUACAAUCACCAUUCCGACGGCACACAUAUGGGGUGCAGCGGACUCCUGGAGUGACCAGGCUUCUUUGGCUCCUCAAUACUGCAGAAAGGAGAAUCAAUCGAUCUUCGUGCAUGAUGGAGGCCACGAGAUUCCAACAGCGGCAAGGGAUGUUGUGAAGAUGGCAAACGUAAUCCAACGUGCAAUUGGCCGGGUGUGA